AAAACGAUCUUAUCUUAAACAAUGAUCACACGUAACUUAAAACUAUCUUUCCGUUUGAUUUAAUGUGAAUAUAUACCAAAUUAUGGGAGAUUCAUUUACAUCGAUGAGAUAGUAUAACAAAGAAAAGUUUUUUUUUAAUUGCGGACCUAAGAUUAUAAAUCAAUGAAAAUGCCAAUAUUUCACUGGUCAUCAACCACUUUCAUAGGCUAACAAAAGUAAUAUUGGUUUAAAUCCGGCUGUAUUAGCUUACACUAAUCAUAUAAGAUGUUAUAAUAGGUCGAAACGUUUUAAAAGGGUUAACAGUGUCCACAAAUCGUUUGUUCGCGUUAUACUAUUGGCAAGUUCUAACAUUUUAUCUGACUUUUUAAUAUUUUUGACACUGAAUUCAUAUUGAAUAAUUAUUGCCCAGCGUGUAUCUGGCGUAAUAGAUAAUGUUUACGUAAUUACGGCCAGCAAAAUCAAUUUGCGGGGAGCUUUAAUAGGGCACAUGUAUUUAGACUCUACAUAAAAUUCGAUAUAUAUGUUGGUUAUUCAUUAUUAUAAUUCAUCAAGAGGGAAUUAUCAACCGAAUGUAAAAGUGAAAGACUUUAAUCAGGAUAUUUUUUUUCCAUUUGAAAUUAAAACACGGUAAAGAAAUACUUUUGUUCAAACGAUAAAAGAGAAACUUGUUGAAUGGAAUUUUUCAGUGUAUGCUAGUUAACAUUAAAAGCGGUGUCAAAAUGAUACACGUUGUUGGUUAUUCAUUAUGUUUACUCGGAAUCCUGAUGGGCACCGUCAAAGGCCAGACUUACGAAAAUGUAAACAAUUUACGUACAACUUUACUGACGUCAUACAAUGCUGAUAUGAUUCCGUUGAAUGACCAAUCGGGCAGUUUAAACGUUAACUUAUCCACGAUGGUAUUUACAAUGCCGGAAGUGAACCCAGUACUCGGAGCCAUAACAAUGGGCAUCAUGGUCACUCAGGAAUGGUACGAUGAGAGAUUGACAUGGACACCGUCUGACCAUAACGGAACCAUGAUGUUCUCCAUGAAAGCUGAGAAUAUCUGGACCCCACCACUAACGGUGUCCAAUCCAGUCAAGUUCACACUUCUGGAUACACCAUGGAUGCAGGCUACAAUCAUGUAUAACGGCAAGGUUAUGUUUACUGUCGGGGGAAUCAUACAGUUCUCGUGUUCGUUUUCUAUGAAGUUCUGGCCAUUCGAUAAACAUAUUUGCACCUUGAAUUUAUUCCCUUACGGUUAUAUGGCCAGCAAACUGACAUUCACUGUACCCGGAGUCGUCGUUGAUACCGGUAUUUAUUCGGAAAACGGUGAGUGGUAUUUAGACACAAAUUCGUUUGACUUCAAAUUGGGUACUGUCUUUGGCAUGAGUGAGAUAGUUUACAGCUUCAACAUUGCACGGUUGUCAUCAUUUUAUAUGCUUACCGUGAUUUUACCAAUCAAUGGCAUUGGAAUGCUUACAUGUUUGGUAUUUCUUCUGCCAACCGAGUCCGGUGAACGGGUGAGCUACGCGAUUACGAUUAUGUUAUCCCUUGCCGUGUUUCUGACGGUAACAGCCGAGGACCUUCCGAAAAACUCCGAGCCUCUGCCAAUAAUAUGUGUGUACAUUUUGAUUAACCUGAUUAUCUGUAUUCUAGGACUUUUAUUCGUCGUUCUAAAUUUGAUCGUCUACAAUAGGACUGAAAAAGAUAAAAUGGCAAACAUUUACAAAUCUACCGUGAAAUUCACAAAAAGAAAAUGGUUCCGCAGUAAAGUUAAACACGAACCGCCGCGGAAAAAAUCUUCGGCUAGAAUAGAUGUCAAAAGCAAGGAUGCAUUUACAGAUCCUGAGGAUGAAAUAGCAGACGAAGAUAUUGAAUGGAAAGACGUUAGUGAUGCGAUAGAUAAAAUUCUUUUCGUUCUUUUUGUAGUUGUCACGUACAUUCCGUCCAUCAUCAUUCUUAUUUACACAGCGGCAGCAUCCGAAUAUGUAAGAGGAUAAUAAAAUACAUUUGAAGACACCAUUGUGAAAGAUUACAUAAU